AUGGUUGAACUCUUAAAAUCCAUACAUGCACAUACUGAUAAGGCGUGGUCCGUAAAUGCCCAUCAGACGUUGCCAUUGUUGGCCACUGCUUCUACAGACAAGACCAGUAAAAUAUUCAAGUUAUCCCAAGAACAAGGCUUCCCCAUUAUAUCCAGUUUAGAGGACACACACAAGAGAUCCAUACGUACUGCGAGUUUCAAGCCUCCCUUAAGUUCUAAUGAAAGUGAUUUUGUUGAUUUGCCAGCAUUAGCUACAGGUUCCUUCGAUUCUACUAUCUCCGUUUGGGGAGUGGAUGAACCAGAGGAAUUGUUGGAUGACGAACCCGAUUACCUCGAGAGCGAAGAAGCUAAAAAGGCAAGAAAACAGAGAGAAAUUGAACUCAUUGUCAGUCCUAGUAAUGAGUGGAAUUUGAUGGCAUUAAUCGAGGGACAUGAAAACGAGGUGAAGGCAGUUGCUUGGAACCGUGGCGGAAACUUUUUAGCUUCAUGUUCCAGAGACAAGACAAUCUGGAUAUGGGAAACAGAUCCGGAGACUUUAGAGGAAUUUGAAUGUAUUUCUGUUCUCAGUGAUCAUGAGCAUGACAUCAAGCACAUCGUUUGGCAUCCUAUUAUUAAUUUACUAGCAUCCUCUUCAUACGAUGAUACAGUGCGGUUGUACAAACAGGAUGAGGAUGACGAUGAAUGGUCUUGCGUUGGGAUUUUGAAUGGGCAUGAGGGUACGGUGUGGUGUUCAGCUUUUGAAACACCUCAAAAGACGGAGGGUGCUUUGGAGAAAAUCCGACUUGCUUCUGCUUCGGAUGAUUUGUCUGUCAGAAUCUGGGUAUCUAAGUCCACCCUGUCGGAAGAAACAGGCGAUAGAGGUAAUGCAAUUCCAAGUUCUAUCAAACAUCACAGCAGUGAAAUGCAAUGGGAACUUGAGGGUGUUCUUCCUCAAGUACAUAAAUAUCCUGUCUACUCUGUUGCUUGGUCCCCCAAAAGUGGCAAGAUCGCUAGCACAGGAGCCGAUGGUCAAAUUGUUGUAUACAAAGAAGUGGAAGGAAAGUGGGAAGUAGAGAGCAUCAAAACUGCGGCUCAUGGUGUCUACGAAAUCAACUGCGUUACCUGGUGCACUUUAACAAAUGACCGCGAAGCUUUGGUGACUGCCGGUGAUGAUGGAUACAUUAAUAUUUGGGAAGCAUAA